GAAGACUAAGGUGCAUAUGCUUAUGCUGUGUUUGUUUAGUUUUAUCAUUGUUGAAAUGCAAAAGCACUAGACAGAGAUCAUAGAAGAAACAUGUCUUCAGCGCAGGUGGAUCCGCAUGACAAGAUGAGAGCCAGGGACGUUAACAAAGUGGCGCGAGGUGAACAAGCUCCAAGGCCAGCUCACCAAUACGGCACCGUUUCUCCACCCCCUCCAACCUCUUCAGCCAACAACAAGAAAGAGGAGGAAAAGCUGCAAACAACAGACAGUAGUAGUAGUGAUUAUAAAAUGCGACAUUGUUAUGUAAAAUAUGUGGAGUAUGAGAGAUGCAUUACGCAGAAGGGCGAGAAAGCAGCAGAAUGCGAAAAACUUGGCAUACAUUUAAGGUCUUUCUGUCCAACCGAAUGGAUUGCUGAAUGGGAUAAAGAGAGAGAAGAGGGGAAGUUCCCUGAACAAAUAUAGGCUGAAAACAAACCCAACCCUUUUCUAAUAGGAAAAAACAUUGCGAAUUGGCCAUUAACAAAUGAGUUAAAUAACUCUACUUAGCCUUUGAUGCAUUAUGUAUUUUAUUUUCUCUUUUUGUUUCAGGGUAAAUGUCUUACUAAUACUAUAGUAUAGUGAUGCACAACUUUCUAAGCAA